UUUUUUCACAAUGCAUGAGUGCAGUUUCACAUGCUGAGUGCAUGCUACAGAUUUCCAGAUUUGCUGUUCUAAAUUAAUAGGAACAACCAAAAAAAAUAAUCAGCCAGGCUUCACACAGUGAGAAAACUUUGACUUUGCAGACACAGGCCACGGGAGAGCAGGUGGAGAAUCGUCAUCCUUCUCUGACUAAAUUAACUGCCUGAGCUGCGUGAUAUUUUGCUCUUUGUUUGCUCAAAGUUAAACCCUAGAAAUGCACGACGUCCGGGUAUGGCAACACCACUCAGACAAACAACACGCAGAACUACAAGAACACAUUUUAUUGUCUUGGAUCAGAUUUAGGAAAAGACAAGAAAAUCCAUCCGCUAACUUCAGAGCAUUAAUCAUUAGUAACGAGAAGAUUUAUAGAAAUGUAGUAGAGUCAUGAGUACGACAUUUCUCUUUUAAAUGUAAGAAGUAAAUUAACUUUGUUACUGUCCAGCACUACUACUGAUGCUCCGGUAGUUUGAAACACAAAGUUUGUUCAAAGCACACGUCUAGGUGCAGUUUAAAGCUUCAUCACUGGUUGAUUUUUCAUUACAGUCUUUUGUUGGCUUGCAUGCGCUCACUAAGUCAGUGCAAAGUUAUACACCUGCUUCAUCAUUUGUCACUAACCAUCAACAAUAACAAUCGAUUCAACCACGUUGUUAUUUAACUUUUCUGAUUUGUUUUUGAACCAUUAAUAUCUGUCCACGUAAUCCAUUCACUUUUUAAUUUCUAAUUUCAGUUUCCCCCUCUUGUCCCAACCCUUUUUUCUUUUUGUAUUUUUUCCCCCAAUCUUUGAUCAUGCCUCAUGUCCUUCUCAACAUGCACACCUGCCUUCCUCUAUCUCACUCUCUCUCCUCCUCCCGCUCCUUUUCCCACGUCUUCAAUCAACCAGUCUGGUCACCGGUUGGUCCUGGUGUUAGGUGACCUGCACAUCCCCCACCGGUGCAACACCCUCCCAGCCAAGUUCAAAAAGCUGCUAGUCCCCGGGAAGAUCCAGCACAUUCUCUGCACAGGCAACCUCUGCACCAAGGAGAGCUAUGACUACCUGAAGACUCUCGCUGGAGACGUCCACAUAGUCCGAGGAGACUUUGACGAGAACUUGAACUACCCGGAGCAGAAGGUGGUGACAGUGGGCCAGUUUAAGAUCGGCCUCAUCCACGGCCACCAGGUGAUUCCUUGGGGUGACAUGGCCAGUCUGGCGCUGCUCCAGAGACAGCUGGAUGUGGACAUCCUCAUCUCCGGGCACACACACAAAUUUGAGGCAUUCGAGAAUGAAAACAAGUUCUACAUCAACCCAGGCUCUGCUACAGGAGCCUACAGCGCACUGGAAUGCAACAUCAUCCCCUCUUUUGUACUAAUGGACAUCCAGGCGUCUACAGUGGUGACGUACGUUUAUCAGCUGAUUGGUGACGACGUCAAGGUGGAGAGAAUCGAGUACAAGAAAUCCUAAAGGAAGGCGUGCGGAGGAGGAGGGGGAAGGGGAGAGGGAGAGUUGGGUUAGCGUGGCUCAGUGUAUCAUUUCAUUCCUUACCACCAGGGGGCAGCAGCUGCCCUGAAGUCACCAACAAAUGUUAAUGCUGUAACAAACUGUUCAGUAACUUAACUCUAAAAGACCUGUGUAUUAUAUUGUUUAUAUGUCAUCAGCAGUUGCUUGAAUCCAAGCUGUCAUUUGGUAACUGUAGAGAAUGCAAUAAUGUCACAUGUAUGUGUUAUCAAAAAAAGAUAUUUGGUGCCAUUUUCUUUCUUUUUCUUUCCUUUCUUUUUGUUAUGUCUGCCCUCGUCAUGUCAUGUACAUGUAACAACCUUUAGGCCUUUAGCUUCACGUAGUCGGCCUUUUUUCAUUCAUUUUGCCCCACAAUAAAAAUCAAAUUUCACUCCACAA